AUUCCUACGUAUGCCCUAAAGGCUAAGCCGACUGUUCCCAGAAGCCCUUUCUGUUCCGCCUCUGAUCUGGUCCUUCUCUGUUUUGUUCCUUGGAGGAAGUUGCAAAGCUGUAGUUGGGGGCGACCGGGCGAGUCUCAGAAGUCCGCCAUGGGAAGAGAACGAGAGGUUCCAAAACAGACGGUCUCGUACACGGUCGAGCAGCUCGUCGCUGUGAACCCGUACAAUCCUGACAUUCUUCCUGAUCUCGAAAGCUACGUGAACGAGCAGGUUUCAUCACAAACAUACAGUCUCGAUGCAAAUCUGUGCCUUCUUCGACUUUAUCAGUUUGAACCAGAGCGAAUGAGCACCAGUAUUGUUGCACGCAUUUUGGUUAAGGCUCUUAUGGCAAUGCCUGCACCAGAUUUCAGCCUUUGUCUCUUUUUAAUCCCAGAACGUGUGCAAAUGGAAGAACAAUUCAAGACAUUGAUUGUCCUGUCACACUAUUUGGAGACAUCAAGAUUCCGCCAAUUCUGGGAUGAGGCAGCAAAGAAUCGCCACAUUCUUGAAAUAGUACCAGGUUUUGAGCAAGCAAUACAAGAUUAUGCAAUUCAUGUCCUUUCCCUGACUUACCAAAAGGUUCCCAGACCUGUACUUGCAGAGGCUAUCAACAUUGAAGGCCUCUCACUGGACAAGUUCCUGGAGCAUCAGGUCGCCAACUGUGGAUGGGCCCUUGAGAAAGGCCACAGCCGGGGCCAGGUUAUUGUCCUUCCUCGCAAUGAAUUCAACCAGCCAGAGCUCAAGAAAAACACUGCAGAUAGUAUCCCUCUAGAACACAUUACCCGAAUCUUCCCUAUUCUCGGUUGAUACCAGAAGCUUGAUUUACUACAUCAACUUGGAUAUUUUUCAUUCUCUUCUAUUGAAUAGAAAUUCUGCCAGACAACUGUUCCAACGGCCCUGCUUUGUUGUUGUAGUUCCCCGCAACCUGUAGAUGCUUUUUUUAGUACAAACGCUUCGCUUUUUCCCUUAUAUUACCUGAACUUUGUAUUUAGAAUGAAAUCAUACCCUCUGCCACCAAAAACCCUGAAUCUCAUUUGCUUCCUUUGGUUGCAAUGGAAGUAUAGAGAAGUCAAAUCAAAUCAAUACAAAACUGGAACUUUUGUAGUCAUUA